AUGGCGCAGCAGGGGAACGAGUACGACCACCGCUUCAAGUACAUCGUGGUGGGGCCUUCGGGGGUGGGCAAGUCGUCGUUGCUGCUCCAAUUUACGGACAAGCGGUUCGAGCCAUCGCAUGACAUGACCAUCGGCGUCGAAUUCGGCGCCCGCACGGUCAAGCUCAAUGGGCAAACGAUCAAGAUUCAGAUUUGGGACACCGCGGGACAGGAGAGCUUCAAGAGCAUCACACGGUCCUAUUACCACGGAGCCUUCGGCGCCCUGCUCGUCUAUGACAUCACCUGCCGAGACUCCUUCAAGUAUCUGCGGGGCUGGCUAGAGGACAUUCACCAAAACGCAGGGGCGGAGCUGGUGAUCAUGCUCGUGGGCAACAAGGCGGAUAUGGAGGAUCGACGAGAGAUUUCCUGGGAGGAGGGAGAGCAGUUUGCCCGCGAUAACGGCAUCGACUGCUUCUCCGAGGUGUCGGCCAAGACCGGCGAGAAGGUGGAUGCGGUGUUUUUGAAGACGGCAGAGGUCAUCUUGGACAAAAUCGAGCAGGGCGUCAUUGCCUCCGAGAAGCCUGAAGGCACCAUACGCGCCCACCAGGCUGCUCCUGGGCGAGCUGGGCCGGGCCAGAAGCCCGCCGGUGCCGAGAAGCCGGCCAACGGAGGCUGCUGCAGCUGA